AUGGCGUACCGUGUCCUGGAGGUCACCCUGGUCUCGGCAAAUGACCUCAAGAGAGUGUCGCUCUUCUCCCGGCCGCGUAUCUACGCCGUCGCUUCCAUUUCCGGGUUCGACCUCCGCAUGCCUAGCCACAGCACCCAGGCAGACCAGACCAACGGCUGCAACCCCGCCUGGAACGCCGUGGCACACUUCCCCAUCCCGGCUGCCGCUGACACCCGCGGCCUCGCACUCCACGUGAGGCUCCUCGCCCAGCGUGUUUACCUGGGCGACCGAGACAUUGGCGAGGUGUUCGUGCCCAUCGACGACCUCCUGGCCGGCGCCGACAAGGGUGGCGAUCCGAGGCCCGUGAGCUACCAAGUGCGCAGGCCGCACUCUGGCCGCGCCCACGGCGUCCUCUACUUCUGCUAUAAGUUCACCGACGUCCCCGCCGCCGCGUGUGUCCCGGAACCGGAAGGCAAACAAGGCCAGUACGCCAAGUACGUGCAGGACUCCGAGAACACGACGGACAAGAUGAUGGUGCCGCCCACCGUGUACCCACCGCCGCAGGCCAUGUCGUCCGCGUACCCACCGCCGCAAUAUGGCUCGCCGUACGCGGCGUACCCACCGCAGCCUUACGCGUACGCUGCUCCGCCACCGUACGGGUACAAUGCUGCUACCCCACAACCGGCGAUGUACGCCUACGCCGCGCAGCCGAUGGCUGCACCCGCGAGGCAUGGCGGAGGCAUGGGGAUGGGGCUGGGCCUAGGGCUCCUAGGCGGUGCGGUCGGCGGGAUGAUGCUCGGAGAGGCGAUCGGUGACUAUGAGACCGACGCCGCCUAUGAUGCCGGGUUCAACGAUGCGUUGGCAUUUUAG